UUUGGCACGUUAUAAUAUUUUUUUAAUGCUUUAUUUUAAUUUGGCAUUAAUAUUCGAUUUGACGAACAACUUAAAUUAAAAUCAUAACUUUAAUUUUGUUUUACAUUGAUAAUUUUUGUUUGAAAUAGUUUUAUUCAUUCAUUACUUAUACAUAUUUCGAAAAUUUUGAUGUGUUGGCAUUGAAUAAUUAUAGUGAACGAAAGUGUAAUUAAAUUUUAAUGUGAUUGAGCUGUGUUCGAAAAAUUUUCUUGCAUCAUAAUAGGCGUAUAAGGAAUAAAGUUUAUUCCAAAGGCAAUUGAAAUAUGUAAUUAUUAAUUUUUUUUACGUUAAGGUAUUAUUAACUUUUACUUUUAAAAAUUAUGUUAAAAAAAUAAUAAACAUUUGUUUAAAAACAAGCAAUAAAAUAAGUUAAUCGCUGGUACCAUGAUAAAUAUGUUUUACACAAUUCGUAUGGGUUGUCGUCUGAUCCUCAUUUUUCUUGGGAUAAUUUCAAUUAAAGUAACUCAUGGUGGAAUUUUUGACAAUAGAGUUGAUACGCCAAAUUUUCAAAAUAAUUUAAAAGAUGAAAUUGAUUAUGAUCAAUGCAAUUUACCUAUAAAUUUAAAGGAUGAAAUUGCAGGAUAUCAAAAUGUUGUUAAUGAAAUUAUUCACGAAAUAGUGAACGGAAAAUUUUCGGGUGAUACCUAUAAAAGUUUACGGAAUAUGACGGAUAUUUGUGGAUCAAGAUUAGCUGGUUCAGAAAAUUUGGAGACGGCAAUCGAUUAUAUGAUUAAAGAAUUUGAAAAUAAUAAUUUGGAAAAUGUUCAUACAGAAAAUGCUCCAGUGACACAUUGGGUUCGAGGAUUCGAAAUGGCUCAAAUGGUUUAUCCAAGAAAGGCUAAUUUACCAGUUCUUGGACUAGGCAGAAGUAUUGCAACGCCAUCUCAAGGAAUUAUCGCAGAUGUUAUUGCUGUUGAAAGUUUCGAAGAAUUAAGAAGUUUGCCAGAUGAUGAGGUUAAAGGAAAAAUCGUCGUGUAUGCUCAAAAAUGGAAAAGUUAUGGAGAAACUGUGCAAUAUAGAUCAAGAGGUGCAAUAGAGGCAUCUAAAAAAGGUGCAGUUGCUGCAUUAGUAAAAACAAUAGCACCGUUUUCAAUUGGUUCCCCACAUACUGGUUCACAAAAUUACCAAAGUGGAGUGAAACCAAUUCCGGUUGGUUGUAUUACUAUUGAGGAUGCCAAUAUGAUAUUAAGAUUAUCUCGCAUUAGUAAAAUACAGAUACAUUUAGUAAUGCAUGAUAAAAAUUUACCAGAUGCAAUAUCUAGAAAUUUAAUUGGUGAAUUUGUUGGAAAGAAUAAUUUAUCUAAUAAGUCUGUUGUGGUUUUAUCUGGCCAUAUUGAUAGUUGGGAUGUUGGUGUUGGCGCAAUGGAUGAUGGUGGUGGUGCAUUUAUAUCAUGGAAAUCAUUAGAAUAUUUAAAAAAACUUGGACUUAGGCCAAAACGUACUUUAAGAGCAAUUUUAUGGACUGGCGAAGAAUUCGGUUAUUUAGGUGCAAGUCAAUAUCAUAAAGACCAUAAAGAGACAGAAGAAGAAGAAUUUAAUUUUAUGAUGGAAUCAGAUAGUGGUACAUUUACGCCAUUAGGAUUAGGUUUUAGUGGUAAUAAUGAAGCAAAAUGCAUUCUAAAAGAGAUUCUAAAGUUAAUGAAGAAUUUAAAUGCAACACGCCUUUAUAAUGGUGCUGAUACACCAGAUUUAGGUUUUUGGUUGAAUCGAGGAUUUCCGGGAGCUUCACUAAAAAAUGCAAAUGAAAAAUAUUUUUGGUUCCAUCAUAGUGCUGGAGAUACCAUGGAAGUUUUAAAUUCAGAUGAUCUUGAUAAAGCAACAGCGUUAUUUUCUGCUACUGCUUUUGUAAUUGCCGAUUUAAGCAUUGAUAUUCCUCGAACUUUAGUUUAGAGUUGUGGGAUAAAAAAAAAAUAAUUUUUAAAAUGAUUCCGUUCGAGCAAUUUUAUUUUGUCUCAAAAAUAAAAUAAAAUGAAUUAGAUAAAGCAUUUUAGCGUUUUUAAUAAUCAAUUUGACAAC